AUGACACCUCCUGUGCGGCUGGGACCGUAUUGUUUGGGGGAAAAACUCGGGUUCGGAAACUUCUCAACGGUAAGGUUGGCAACAGAUGAAGGUGGUAAGAAAUUUGCCGUUAAGAUCAUAGACAAAACUCGACUUCGGAAGGAAAAGAUGGAGGAUCAAAUGCUUCGUGAAGUUGCUAUAAUGCGAUCCAUUAAACAUAGGAAUGUUAUUGAUCUUCACGACGUGCUCGAAUCAGCGAACCAUUACUAUCUUGUGUUAGAGUUCGUAUCGGGCGGGGAGCUGUUUGACAAAAUCGUUGCUGCGAAACGCUUUGACGAACCGACUGCACGACGCUACUUCCAACAGCUCAUCGCUGGCGUUCACCACUGCCACGGCAAGGGGUUCGCUCACCGUGACUUGAAGCCCGAAAAUCUUCUGCUUGAUGCUGUCGGAGUGCUGAAAAUUAGUGAUUUUGGUCUCGGAAACCGGCAGCAGGACAUCCUGCUAAAAACAGUGUGUGGCACUCCCAACUAUGUGGCACCUGAGGUCCUCAUGGAGCGCGGCUACAACGGUCUCUGUGCUGACAUUUGGAGUUGCGGUGUCAUUCUUUACGUCAUGCUCGCUGGACGACUUCCUUUUGAGGAUCGGAGCAUGAGACAUCUUCUUGCACGGAUCGAGCGUGGCGAGUACAGCAUGGUCCGGCACGUGUCAGACGCAGCAAAGGACUUAAUCGCGCGCAUGCUUGUCGUAAAUCCUAAGAAGCGUAUCACCCUUGAGGCUAUCAUUUCCCAUCCCUGGUUUGUCGUUGAUUGGGACCCUAAGUGUCUGAACGAGUCGGCGUGA